AUGGUAGCUGUUGAGAUGGUGGUCCAAAUAAACAAAGCGCUGAAUAUUGUUUCGUCGACAUUGCUGGUGUUCGCUAUCUGUUACACUUCCGCCUUUUUGUAUUUCUUAUUCAGGACCAGCUUGAUCCAUGGGAAUCUCAAAUUCGUUAUGGUAGGUUGCAACGUUUUAUUUCUCGAAUUUUUAUUCGGUGGCAUGGGUUCUGAAAACUCUGAAAAAAAUUUCUUUGAAGCUGAAGACAGACUACAUUUUUUACAUGGUGGUCCACUCGGAGCUGGCUUUAUUCUAGGUAUGAGUUUCUAUAAAGUUUAUAUCAAAUUUGAAGCCGGCAUACGCCAUUUUUUACAUCUAAUAAGAAAUAAGGCUGGAAGCCCCGAGUGAACCACGCUAUAAAUAAUCUUGAAUGAAAUGAUGACGUAGAGAUGAUAAUAUCAUAGUAUGUUGAGAUCUCCCCAAAUACAUGCAUGACGACCCCUAAUGUUUCUUUCCAGACCUGCACACUGAUCGAGAAUCAUCUCCUCCAAUUCUGCCGCUUCCUGAACACUGAUUACCUUGAUCCCUCCUCCAACAAUUUCUUUGACCGCUUUGCUUGCCGCGCCACGAAUUGUGUGUUCUCUGUUUGCUAUUUGGCUACCAUAUUCUCAGUCAUAACAAUCGGUGGUGAGCGAUUGAUAGCCUCUUUGAAUAUUCGCAAUUACGAGCGAUUUUCGAACAGUCUCGGACAAGGAUAUGUAUGCACGUUAAUAUUAGUUGGUACUAUUUUUGGACUGGUCACUACCGAUCGGGGUUUAAACCCGCAACAAAAAACCUGCAUUUUUGCAAUGGAGCACACCGUUGUCUAUGGACAGCUGAUCUGCACAAUGAUGGUGGUCAGUUUAUUUGGCUGGGGAAUGCAGAUUAUUGUGUACAGAUGGAAUCUGAAGAUGCUCAAAGACAAAGCCGUUCCGUUGUCCAUGAGAUAUCAGGUCAAUGAGAACAUAAUUGUGUUGCGUUUGUUGUUCCCGGUAAUGAUCUUUUACUUUGUCACGACGGCGGCUGCCACCGUAAUUGUGCUGAAGUCAUUUGUCAGCGAGACCGACGAUUCACCGGAGCAAAAGGCAAGGGAUCUCUUUAUUAGUAAUGUAAGUAUUAGGGUCAUCAUUAGUGAAAAGUUAGCGACAUGUCAUAAAAUGUCAAUAUUUCCACAACAUAACGAUUAAAAGUCAACGUUUUUAGAUCCUCAAGCUCACGGGCCAAUGCUCAACUCUGACCUUCAUGUUCAGCUUCGUUUGUCGGCAUCCCGGAUUCAAGGCGGCUUUUGUUUGCACAACACGUCGACGAAUUUGCGAGGAGAAGCGACGAGUAAUCUCUCAGGAAUCAUGGGCUCACAACGAAACCAACGUCUACUUCCAAGAACUGAGGAAGAAUUGGGAGCAGGCAAAGAACCCGUGA